UUUACAUAAAUUAUUAGUUUCUAUUUUACUUUUGUUUGUUACGAAUGAAACGCAGGUUUUCACGAAAAAUGACAACACACUGAGUUUUGUGUUGAGAGGAUGAUCAUUGUCAUGUCACCAUGAAAUAUGGAAGCGGUUUCUGAAAUUGCAUUCAGAUUUUCGAUUGAAAAACAUUUCGAUUCUGAAAUCGCUUUCAAAGAUCAAAACUCUGUUCAACUCAUAAACCUCACCUCUUUUCAUCAUCGCCUCCCAAAUUCAUUUAUCAACUGUAACCUGGUUUGAUUAGAGAACUGAAGUUGUAAUGGAGCUUGAUUUAAAUGAGAAGCCUGAAAUUAAAGAGCAAAUGAAACGGCUUGAAGCCAUUUUCAAGGCAAACCAGACUCAGAAGCGGCAAAAAUGUUACACUCCAAUUCAGAUAACUAAUUUUGCAGGAGAAUUGUUAACAAGAGCUGAUAAUGUUCAAGAUGAUGAAAGCAAGGUGACCAAGGAAGAGGUUGAAGGAGGGAAAUCGGAAUGUGAGAAAACACGUAAAAGGAAGGCUUCCUGUUUAGUUGCGAAGGCAUUGGGGAUGGAAACAUCCACAGACGGCGUUGCAGGCCGCACUAGAAACUUCUUUGAUUGUAAUAUAUGUUUGGACACGGCGAAUGAUGCUGUAUUGACUUGCUGUGGUCACUUGUUUUGUUGGGAAUGCUUCUAUCAGUUGCCAUAUGCUUAUUCAAAUGCCAAAGAGUGUCCUGUGUGUGCAGGAGAAGUCGUUGACACCGAUGUCAUACCAGUAUAUGGCAACGGAAGGGUCGAUGAUAGUGGUCAGUUUGAAUUGAAAGAAUCUGGUUUAAGAUUUCCUGGUCGACCGCAGGCACCUAGAGUUGAGAGUACUAGGCAGCGUCGCAGAAGACGCGCUGUUACUUCUACAAACCAUGAUUUGUCUUUGUUUGGUAACUUUGGCGGAUUGGAAGAGCCUGAUCCGUUGCAACUCCCGAUUAUUUCUAAUGAUUGAAUCAUGUUUUAGCUUCUCUAUCUCCCUAGUGUAGGCAGCACUUCAUUUUAAUUCUUUUUGCAGAAGUUAAUUUUUCAAUGGAUUCUACACAACAUAUGUGGACAGUAACUUAUCCGUAGGAAGCAUCAUACAAAUAAAUCCUAAUUCUGUUGAUAGAGAUUUUCGGCUUUCGGCAUUGCUGCUACAAAUCAAUGAGGACAUCAUACUCAAAAUGUUGCUCUAACCAAUUCUGCAACUUCUGUUUCUAAUUUAACAUCUAGAUAACUCAUAGUAGUAUUGUCGUAGAACUUAUGCUUAACCUUCAACAUCUAGAUAAAUGAUAUUAGCAGUUUACUAGGCUCAUACUGAUUUUUUCAAUGGACUUUUCAUCUUAAUAUUAGUCUACUAUUUAUUUGUUGCAC